UAAUAUUUGUGAUUGUCGUAUAGAAUACUGUUUAUGUUAGUGUUAGUGAGUGUUGAUUGUUUUAUGGAAUUAUGGAUAUUAACUAAUAUUGUACUUCGACCAUUAUUGCUUAGGUUGACCAUAGAGGAUGGAACACUUCUUUAAAAAAAAGCGUCGGGAUGAAUUAUCUUCUCCAACUGAACCCAUUGUUGAAGCAAUGGAAAAUCAGCCCCGAAGAGAAGUCGAGUUGAACUUGAAUGAUAUUGUUAGUGGUCCGGGAAAACGCAAGCCAAUUGAAGAGUUCGAUGUUUCAAUUCGUGAUAGAGUACGAAGAGAGUACUUGAAUAAGGGCCCUUGUCAACCAAUUGGACAUAAGUAUGAAAAAAAUAAAUAUGGUAUUCAAGAUAUUUGGUUUAAAAGGUAUACAUGGCUAGAGUAUAGUGUAUCAAAGGAUGCAACUUUUUGCUUUUGGUGCUAUCUUUUCAAGAAAUCAGAUAAAGGAGGUCGACAAUCAGAGCUUUUACAAAGAUAGUUUGAAGCAACUAGAAAAAUGGAUUAGAAAGAUUCAAUUAUCAUGUUGGAGGCGUGAAUAGAUGUCAUAAUUGUUGAGUUUUGAUCGAAGAUUGACAAGAACGAAACAAGAAACUAGAAACAAGACACGCAAUUUACGUGGUUCGGCAAUGUGCCUACGUCCACGGAAGGGAUGAGAUGUUUAUUACUUUCACUCUUUUGGUGUUUUACACAGACAUGGAAACAAGAAGAUGAAAUCUGUCUCGAGCUACUGCACUCUACAAUGGUGAACUCACAUCUCUCUCUUUUCUUCCUUCUCUACUCUCACUCUCUGUUUUUCGUAGUUAGUUACAAUGAGGCAACUGCCCUUAUAUAUCAGACUUGUAUAUUGACUUAGUUAGUUACAAACUAAUUCUUCCUUUCUCAAGUCUUGAUCUCAUGCAACUCACUAUCAUGCACCCUUGACCAAUGAACCAAUGAACGAGCCAAAUGCUCACUCCACGCUCAUGCAUGUCGCAGCCGCAUCCUACAAUCUCCACCUCGGCAGUGACAUCAACAAACAUCGGCUCUCAACCCUUCACACCUGCUCCACCUUAAACUGACAAUACACCCACCAAUAUAAACUGUUAGCCAACGAUUUGGUCAUGUAGAGCUCCUCCAAUUUCAGCAGACUCCUCCCUUGCAACUUCUCUAAGAACCUUAUCAUCCGAAUUCAAGAUGAUUGCGCUGCGAGCCUUCUUCAAUAAUUCUUUCUGCUUAUUGCUCGCCUCCUCUCCCUUUGUUGCAGUCGAUUCCAGAGCCUCAUCGAGCCCUUGAUGAAUGAGCAGCGCCUUCAUUUUGAUCCGCCAUAAACCAAAAUCAUUCCUCCCGUUGAAUUUCUCCGUUUCAAACCGUGCCAUCGCCAUCGAUCUAUCUGCUUCGAUUCCCGCGAGACGGCGCCACUGUUGAGUUUUGAUCGAAGAUUGACAAGAACGAAACUAGAAACAACACACGCAAUUUAAGUGGUCUGGCAAUGUGCCUACGUCCACGGAAAGGAUGAGAUGUUUAUUACUUUCACUCUUUUGGUGGUUUACACAGAGAUGGAAACAAGAAGAUGAAAUCUAUCUCGAGCUACUGCACUCUACAAUGGUAAACUCACAUCUCUCUCUUUUCUUCCUUCUCUACUCUCACUCUCUAUUUUUCGUAGUUAGAUACAAUGAGGCAACUGCCCUUAUAUAUCACACUUGUAGAUUGCCUAAGUUAGUUACAAACUAACUCUUCCUUUCUCAAGUCUUGAUCCCAUGCACCCUCGACCAAUGAACCAAUGAACGAGCCAAAUGCUCACUCCACGCUCAUGCAUGUCGCGGCCGCAUCCUACAAUAAUAAUGCUAGAAUUCAGUUCGAAGCUUUUCAAGAUCAAAGGAACAGUGUGGCAAGUAUAUUACGGUCAAAUACCCAUGAGAUGGAAGUUGCAUAUCGCAUUCGGGUGACAGUCUCAUUGAAUCUGACUUGGUUUCUCUUAAAGCAAGGAUUAUCUUUUCAUGGACAUGAUGAGUCAAGCAGUUCUUCAAAUAGAGGUAAUUUUAUUGAGUUGCUCUAUGGUUUAGUGAACCUAAGGAUGUUGUAUCCAAAACUUUGUUUGCAAAUGCUCCUGCUAACAAUCAAAUGAAUUCACCACAAAUUCAAAAGGAAUUAGCAAAUGCUUGUGCUUCUGUGGUCACACUUGUCAUAGUUAAUGAUAUUGGAGAUAAAGUUUUCACUCUUUUGGUUGAUGAGGCUCGAGACGUUUCAAUGAAGGAACAGACACUUCCUCUCAUACUUUGAAAUGUGCUAUUGAUGAUUUAUUGGUGAAGCAUAAUUUAUCUCUGUCUAAAGUGAGAGGGCAAGGAUACGAUGGAGCUUCUAAUAUGAGGGGUGAGUUUAAUGGAUUGAAAUCCUUAAUAUUGCAAGAAAAUCCAUAUGCCAUGUAUAUUAAUUGUUUCUCUCAUCAACUCCAAUUAAUUGUUGUUGCGGUUGCCAAGGGUAUUAGAGUUGUGAAGGAUGUUUUUAGCUAAGUCUCCAUGAUUGAAAAUAUGGUCGGGGCAUCUUGUAAGAGAAAAGACCAACUUAGGCAGUUGCAACAUGAAAGAUUAGUUGAACAACUUAAUGAUGGAGAAGUCAUAAUUGGAAGAAGUAAAAAUCAAGAAACUAGUUUGGUAAGGCCUGGAGACACUCGUUCACAUUACUUUACAUUGCUUCAUCUGUGCUCUAUGUGGUCUUCGGUUGAGAAAGUAUUGGAAGUUGUACGUGACGAUGCUACUCAUCGUGAUAACAAAAGUACCACUGAAGCAUUGAUUGAAAGGAUGGAUAAUUAUGAGUUUGUUUUCACUUUGCAUUUGAUGAAACAUUUAUUGGGAACAACCAAUGAAUUGUCCAUUGCCUUGCAAAAAAAAAUCAAAAUAUUAUCCAAGCCAUAUCUUUGAUCCAAAGUGUGAAACAUCAAUUGCAAAGUUUUAGAGAGGAUGGAUGGGAAGACAUACAUGAUCAAGCAACAAAGCUUUUUGAAUUGCAAAAUAUUUCACAAGUUGAUAUGGAUGAAAUCAUACCACACCGUGGUUAUAAGAAGUAUGGAGCAGAGUUGAUCACGAAUAUGCAUCAUUAUCGUGUAGAGAUUUUUAAUCAGGUUGUUGAUUUAACUAUACAAGAGAUGGAUAAUCGAUUUUCUAAAGCUAGCACUGAGUUGCUAGGAUGCAUAUCAUGUCUUGAUCCAAGAAAUUAUUUCUCUCGAUUCAAUGAUGAUCAAGUAAUCCGUCUUGCUACUUUAUAUCACGAGUACUUCUCUGCAAAUGAGUGUUCACGUCUUCCACUUCAACUUAGUAAUUUUAUUGCUAAUGUACGAUGUGAUCCUCAGUUUGCUGCCUUAUGCAACUUAGGAGACGUUGCUACGAAAAUGGUCAAAAGUGGUAAGCAUUUGGUUUUUCUGUUGGUUUAUCGGAUUAUUGAGUUGGCAUUGGUUUUACCUGUUGCUACUGCUUCUGUUGAGAGAGCAUUUUCUGCAAUGAAGACUAUCAAGACUGACUUGCGAAAUCGGAUGGGAGAUGAGUGGAUGAAUGAUAGUUUAAUUGUGUACAUUGAGAAGGGCUUGUUUUCAACGAUUGAUAACGAAAAAAUCUUGCAACGUUUUCAAUCGAUGAGAACACGUAGAAUUCAGUUGCCACCGCUUUAGAUGUAAAACCACAGCUAUGACAUGUUCUUUUUAUUAGAUAUAUUUUGGACUACUUCGUAUUAAAUAUAUAUGCAUUUUACAGUUUUUGCGGUUUUUAUAUUGUAUGAUUCUUUUUAUAUAUAUUAUGUUUAACCGUGAAAAAAUAUAUAGUGAAGUCCAGCCCUUACUGUCAAUUUUUUCUGCGUCCGCCCCUGCUCACAGGCCACGCCUGGAGUUGCGCUAGCUUAGCCCGCGGGCUGCCCGAAGACCAGGAAACCAAUCUUCUUUUCGUGGUGGACGGGAGGCGGAGGCUACAGACGCCGCUCCCAGAGGGGUAUCUAGGCAACUGAAUCUUCCACCACACCGCGUCCGCUCUGUGCGGCCAACUGGGAUCGAAUCCGUUGUGGUUCGCGGUGGGGAAAGUGAAGGAAGCGAUUGACCGGGUCAACAACGACGAGUACUUGAGGUCGGCUCUAGAUUACUGGAAGUGCAUCUACGUAUUGGCAAGGAGGUUUUGUAUAGCAAAAAGAAUGUGAAUUGCCCUAAUUUCAGCGUAAUCGACUGGAUUCAGCUGCCGUUUUACGACAUGGAUUUCGGAUGGGGAAAGCCUUUGUAUACCAGCCCCGGGGCGGCCGUGGUUGAAGGGAAGAGCUAUCUUUUUCAGGAUCUUCGAAACAAAGGGUCUGUUUUGCUUGCGAUCGCGCUGUAUAAAGAGCAUAUGAGGCGUUUUGAGAA